CAUUUUCCCAGUUCGCACAACUCUUAGCACCAUUUUGUGAUGAAUGGGACGGUAGGGAGCUGCGGAUUUAAGUAGAUUGGGGAUCUUGUCUUGUUUUAGUACUUCAGAAAAUAUAUAGAAGAGGGGUGAUAGUUGUAACAUUUUCCGAGCGUCAGAUAGAGAAGUUUUGAGUUGGUAAUAGCUACACAGAAAACAGAUCUGCCCUGACUCAGUCAUUCAGAGAAAAUACAGGAGAGAUCCCGACAAGUCUGAAGAAACAUGAGUGCCCCUUCUUCUCAAAAAGUCGUGCUAAAAAGCACCACCAAGGUGUCCCUGAAUGAGCGCUUCACAAAUAUGCUGAAGAACAAGCAGCCGACUGUGACUAGCAUCCGGGCUAGCAUGCAGCAGCAGCACAUGGCCAGCGCACGGAACCGCCGCCUCGCUCAACAGAUGGAGAACAGGCCCUCUGUGCAGGCUGCCCUGCAACACAAACAGAGCCUGAAGCAGCGACUUGGGAAAAGCAACAUCCAGGCCAGAUUGGGUCGGCCCAUCGGCUCGUUGAUGCGUGGUGGCGCCGGAGGGCGGGGUUUUGUCGGAGGAAUGCGAGGAGCUGGACGAGGAUUCCGGGGUAGAGCAAGAGGUGGAGCUAUGAGAGGAGGACUUUCUCUUAGAGGUGCUGGUCAGAUGCGGGGUAGGGGUGGUCCUGGGCGUGUAGGACUCCGUCGAGGUAUGCGUCAGCGCGGAGGAGGCCCAGGACGAGGAGCUGCUAUGAUUGGCCGGGGAGCAGCACGCGCAGCACUUGGAGGAAGAGGUAGAGGUCGUGGAGGUCUGAGAGGUCGUGGAGGGUUUGCUGGAAGGGGUCGGGGACGCGGUAGAGGCAGAGGAGCAGGUCGUCCUGUUGUCACACGUGAACAGUUGGACAACCAGCUUGAUGCUUACAUGUCCAAGACAAAAGGCCAUCUGGAUGCUGAGCUGGAUGCAUAUAUGGCCCAAGCAGACCCUGAGAGUAUGGAGUAACCACAGCUGAGCUAAUGAGGAGAACAGGAUCCCCAAAGAUCUGCAGAUCAUAGAUUGAUUGACAAGUUACACAGACAAUACAAUACAAUGUACCCGGUUUUCUCUUGAACAUUCAGACAUCAACCCCUCAAGGCAUUUACACUUCAAAUUCGUAUAUCCAUCCCAUGUAUGUUUGCAUCUGAAAAACCUUGAUAUCAUACCAAAAUAAAGCCUCGCUAGAAUUUAUGACAAAAAUAGCCUGGUUCACUUCGAACAUGCAACAGUUUUGAUCAGUGGAAGUGAAUAGACCAUUGUAAACUAUCAUAAUGUGUUUAUGUUCUGCUGAAGAGAUUGUACAUUAUGUACUGUUUUUUGUUUUGUUUUUUUGGCUCGUAUUUUUAAUGACAAACCUAGUACUUGCUGUUAAUCUUUGGGAGGAAAAAAAAAAGAGACUGAAAUUGAUCCAACAUCUAGCUGAACUCAAAGAACCGUGAACUGUAACCCAAGGACAUUUGAUCAGAUGGUGUUAAAAUGUUUUAUGUUGACAACUUGUUCCUGACUUUAAUGUUCGAUAAAUGUCAUUACUUUUAAUUGUAUUUUUAUUAUGUUUUAGAAUUUUUAUUGAGCAAACUGACGUUACUUCGCACCAUGUAAUUGUUUUUUUUUGGGGGGGGGGGGGUGGUCACAUGAAUGUCUUGAAAGAUAUUUGAAAAAAUAUUGUAAUAACUUCUUUUUCUAUUAAUAUUAAAAUACAAUUUUGGCCUUAA